ACUGCACUCGACGACGCAUGUUACAUACACAAACUUCGGUGCAAAAUACACAUAGAGCAUAGCGAGUAUAGCGACUGAAAUUCGUGCCUGUACGUCAGUUGCCUCAUUAUUUGUGUCGGUAGCGUCGCGUGGCUCGACGAUCGACAUCGUGAACAUUACGUAUAAUAAUAAUACUUGAUCCUUUACGGUAAAUGCUCACAUUUACUCGUAUUAACAAACCCAUCAUGUGCGGGCAGUAGUAUAAUCUUUUUAUUAUCAAUAAUACUUCGGGUUAAAAAAAGAUAAUUCUCCUACUCGAACGCGGCCAAAUACAGAUAAGAAAGUAUUAAAUGCAGCGAUGAUGUGCGAUUACUUGAGUGCGAAUCGAGUCAAGUACAAACCUGCUCGUUGAAAUCGUUGCUCAUUGCGAUUUACGAGCUCGUUGCCAGCCUUGUCCAGCUAACUUGGCUCGAAAAGGCCCAACGCCAUUAACAUGAGCUCUAAAAACAGCCCUGCCAAGAUAACUCUUGGCAUGAUCAAAGGAAAACCAAUCACAAUGUCGGUGCCAGCUAUACGUUAUCAUGCCAGUGAUGAUGAAUUGGAGGAACUUUAUCCGAGUACAGAUGAAGAAAAACAUUUAACUCCUGAAUCAGAAAAAUCUUCUCCUAGACCAAGUCCCAGAAAAAGUUGCAUAAGUAUUGGAGAUAAUGAUGAAGGAAAUCUGGAUAGACGUUCCAUGAGCAUAGAUGAUAAUUUAUCAGAAGGAACAACAUGGAGGGUACUGUCAGAUAUUAAAGGAAAAAUUACAAAAACUUUUGAGGACAAAAUUUCUGAAAUGAAACAUGAAAAGAAAAAGUCUAAAAAUGAUAGAAGCAGAGACACUUCUAGCCUUAGUGACUAUGAAGAUUUAAAUGAUGUAACACCUACUGAUGAAAAUGGUUCAGAGAAGCCUAUAAAAGACUCAUCGCCUGUGCUAAAAAAAAGAACUCAUUCUUCCAGGUUUGUUGGAUUUUCUUAUAUUAAAACUGGUAUUAAAACCAAAAAAGCAGAGGAUGACAGUGUUGAAAGUGGUAUUGAGGCUGCAGAAGCUGCUUUUGAAACUGAAGAUGUUGAUGCUAUUUUUGAAGACAAAAAAGAAGAUAAUAUUGAUGCUCAUAUAAGAUUGCAUAAAAAUAUAAACAAUGUUUUACCAGUAUUUAGUUUAAAUCCAAGUAUAGUUCUAUCAGAGUAUGAUAAGAGGUUCAUUCAACUGAAAAACAGAAUAUAUUAUCAAUUUUUUUUAUUGAUCAUUGUACUUAUUUGCUUUUAUUUCAUUCCAAUACCUAAAUAUUUAAUGGGUAUUUGUGCUGGCAUUUUUGGCUCAACUAUGGUUCAAAAAAUAUAUAAAAGUUUUUACAAGUUACUAACAAUCCCAACAAAAACUGCACUACCUGCUGUAACUGAAAUAACUGCUGUUCAAGAACAUGUUAUUGUUGAAAAGUUUGAAGGAUGGUUAAAUGAACUGCCAUACCGAUAUGAACCAGAAAACUAUCAUGUUGCCCGUACAAAACCAGUAUUUCUCAAAUUAGAAGGUGAAAAUCUCCAAUUAAUAGAAACUAGAACAAGGAUACCUAAACGUGCUGUAUGGGAUGAGGCUAAACACAAACCUAAAUUUACUAAAAAGCGAGUGUAUAACUUAGCUGAUUCAAAAGUCGAUUUGCUUCCAUCUGGUCUAAUCAGGCGCAGACGAUGGAGCAAAAAAUAUCCAAUAUGCGUCACUUUUGAUAAAGAUACAGUAAAAGAAAGCACUUUGCAAGACAAUUCAUCAGAUGAAGAACCUCAAGUGCUGGACAUUGAAAAUGAUAAAAUUAUUAUGGAAGAGGAUGAAACUGACGAAGAUAUUUCUAACUCCAAAGAUGUAUUCGAAGACUGCCAAGACGACGCUUCUGAUGAGGGAACGAAAAUAAAAUUAUAUUUAUUUGCUAGAACUGAUCGUCAAAAGGAGGAUUGGUACCGAAGAUUAAUUUUAGCUUCAAAGCAAGAGAGUAAAAGAAGUUCUAUAUCUUCUUCAGCCGUUGACUCAAAGCCGUCCACUCCGUCCUUGGCGAUUUCUGAAAUGUCUUCAUUUUUAACAUACCAAGCUUAUAUGGCUCGAUACGUAGAGAACUUACCGGCCACGCCUUCUUUCGAAACAAAAAGUUCGAAUAGCAUUAGUCACGACGGAUUAUGGAUUAAUGCGUUAUUUGGAAGGAUACUUUUUGAUAUGCAUAAAUGCCCUGAUAUGAUAAACGCAUUACAAGAUAAAAUACAACGAAAGUUAUCUAAUAUUAAACUUCCGUAUUUUAUGGAAAGUUUAACGGUAUCUGAAUUAGUAAUUGGGCAAGGAGCUCCUAUAAUUCAUAGUGCAACUAAACCAUUAAUGAAUGAACGUGGACUUUGGUUUGAUUUGGAAAUAACUUACGAAGGAAGUUUAACUAUGACAAUAGAAACUAAACUAAAUUUGAUGAAGUUAAAGAGAACGGGAUCCGUAACUCCGACUUCAAAUGAUGGAAAUGAAAAAUUACGACCUGCUAGAUCCCCUAUGUUUGAUAGUGACGUAGAAGACAGUCCUGAAACUUCAACUGAAGAGGAAGAUAGUAUAUCCUUGUCUGCAAGCCCAUCUUCAAAAGAUAAUACACCAACACAAUCUUCAGGGAAAAAAUUUCUCAACAUGGUUGAUAAACUGGCGUCUAAUAAAUAUUUUCAACACGCUACUGAAUUAUCAUAUAUUAAAAAAGCAAUGGAAGGGGUUUCAAAAACUGAAAUUAGACUCAUGGUGAGCGUAUCGAGUAUAGAAGGCUGCUUAUCGGUAAAUAUUCCUCCCCCACCAACAGAUAGAUUAUGGUACGGUUUCAAACCCGUUCCAAAAAUCAAUUUAACAGCUAAACCUGCUGUUGGAGAGAGAGCUUUUAAUAUUGGUUACGUAACAAAAUGGAUUGAAACAAAAUUACUACGAGAAUUCGAAAAAGUAGUUGUCCUUCCGAAUAUGGAUGAUCUUGUGAUUCCACUUUGUCCAAAUUAUCCCUAUUAAUGGAAAAAUAUAAGAUGAAUAUUCGCUGACUGGCGUCUUAAACUUCCAUCGUUUAAUUGUGAUUCUGCAAUAAAAAAA